AUGAAAGCAUUGAAAAUAAAAAGGAAUCAAAUUUUUGUAUUAGUUAUUUUGAGUCUUCUGUCCAGACAUACAGAUGCUAGGGGAGGAGGGAGAGGUGGUCGUGGAGGGAUGUAUUCAGGUGGAGCGGUCGUUGAUGAUUCAUCAUCACUUCAUAACAACGGUCUUACAGCUGGUGCAGCUACAUCAUCAGGAUUAAAGUCAUCAAUUCCAUUUGAUGUUGCCCCAGGAAAGCCUCUCAUCUACUGUGGAACUUCAAAAUACAUUCAGUCCCAAAUUCGAAUCAACAACGAGGAUAUUUAUUUUUGCAAUAAAAAAAGAAUUGAAACUUCAUGCUUAAAACAAGCAUAUCAUGAAUGCAGCGAUGAAAGAAUGCAAUGUGACUUGGAUGAUGGAAUUCUAGAUAAUAUGUUUUGUCAAGAUGAUACGCUGUUUAGCAAAGCUUUAAUUUCUUGUAAUUCAACAACGGUUGCAUACAAAAAGAGUGAAAAAUUGACAAUUCUUAAUUGUUAUGAAGUUCUAGUUCAAAAUUCACAAAGCAUUUCUACUAAAAAGCCGUUGUCGUUUAGGGCAAAUGUUCACAUUUUUCUACUUAAUCUCAUUGGACAAUCGGAGAUCUUAAAUGCAACAACAUCUAAAUAUAAUUUACUAGUGUAA